AUGUACACCACAACCUUUAACCCCGAGGAGACCCUCGAAGACGCCAGAGGAAACCUCGAGGCUCACCUCUACAACCUUGACGGCCUUUCCGACCGGCCUCGCGUCAAGUUCUUCAUCGAAGUGUGUCCAGACAAGCUUCGCCCGGACGUCUGUCGUCAUCCCAAGUGUCAGCAGGACAUCGAUGCUCUCGAGUAUCGCGUCGCCGUCCAGCCUAGCAUCAGUUCUCCGUGGAGGAACAGAGCAACGGAAUUUUAUCAUCUCAACUGUUUCGAGGAAGUUGCCGACUUCAAUAACCCGAACCACGUCCAACGCGUGUACCCUUUGACUCGCCACAACUACGAAGAAUGCCGUCUCCGACGCAGACAGUUUAGCAGAGGUCACUAUCUGGUCAACAGCGGCGCAGAGCGGCUGAUCGAGAAGUGGAAGGAGAACCGUCUGGCGCUGAUCCAAGACGUGCAUGAGGACUUUCACGCUAAUAUAGAUGCUGCUCUCCAGACUUUCACUGCUGCUACCCAGGCUGGCUCUACUGCCACUAAUCAGACUGACAAUACUGAAGCUGAGACCAUCAUCCCUAAUAAUCAGUUUGCAACCACGAUGGCUGCUGCUGCUGCUUAUGCUGCUUCACUUUCUGCUGCUUCUGCCAAUGCCAGAGUCGCCGACACAGAGGUCGAGACCGAGACAGAAAAUGGCACUGCUGUCUCCCAGCCCGUGGUGUCCGAGCUGGAGGAAUUGCGCAACCGGGCCGGUUCAGCGAGCUAUGUACUCCCUAACCACAUCCCCGGAGUCGACGACUUUGAGGUCUUCCUCCUGGGCCGUGUUUUGGCGCCCAUCCAGAGCUCUGGACCAGGCGAUACCAACGAGUGGAACUUGUUUGACGCCUAUCUCGCUCCCUACGGCGAUGGCCUGGGACUCAACGAGCUGAGUGAGGCGCUGGACAGCUACCAGUACGACCAGAAAAUUGCCCUUAAGAAAGAUGACCAGCUCAGCCACGAAGAACGGCGCUACAAAGAUGAGCAGCUGGGUAAAAACGCCGUGGAUGCCCUGUGCAGACUCGCCCCUAUUCCCUUUGAGCACACUUGGAUCUGUCCUUGCACCUACGGCAUCGAGGACCCGGAGUAA